AUGGUUGGCAUUGAUGCAAAAAAUAAACACAUUCUUGAUCAGAGAUACAUUUGUCCUGUAUGCUCAUUGAUACUACGAGAUCCUGUACAAUUAACAGAAUGUGGUCAUCGUCAAUGUCAAACAUGUUUAAGUACUGAACAAGAAACCACAAUUAAAUGUCAGCAAUGCCAAUCUGAAACAUUACGAAGCGACAUGCUACUUGAUCGAGUUUUUAAAAAUGAUAUGAAAUCAAUACUCAUUGAAUGUUCUUUUUGCCAGUGGACUGGUAUCUUGAGUAAAUAUCAAGAACAUUUUGAACAAUUACAUUUAAAGUUCCAAUGUGAAUAUUGUGGUAAACAAUUCAAUUCAGUUAACAAAUUUAAUGAGCAUAAAGUCUUCGAAUGUCAACAACUGAUUAUUGACUGUAUCUUGAAAGAUUUUGGUUGUAAUGAACGAAUUACAUGUGCCAACAUGCAAGAUCAUUAUUUGACUGAACAACAUCAACAUACGGUACUCAAAGUGACUCGUCAAAUGUUAUUGCAAUUAAAUGAUAGACAAAUGGAUAUUGAUAUUCCUCGAACAACAAUGACAGAAGCAUCUGAUCUUGCUGUAGUUCAAUUAAAAGACCUUAAUAAAAUGCUCAAUAUUGUCGUAGGUGGUAUCAAAACAUUGAAUAAUGAUGCGCAACGUCUGAGCAAUGAAUCAUUUCAAAUGCAAAUAAGACUUUCAACAUGGACAGAAGAAUUAUUGAAAGUUAAAUUAUCAGUUGAAGAAUCAAAUGUGUUUUUGGAAAAAG